CUCGUCGUUCCCCUCCUCCCCCUUCAUCGCCGUUAUGCCUACCAGACGCGCCCCCGCCGGUGGUCUUGCUCGUGCGCACGCCCGCACCAACUCAGGCGGGUCAUCGAAGCUCGGUCUCAAUCUCCAGUUCACCCAGAAGGACGCACCACCUCCAAGACUACCUGACAAAUUGAAGAAGAACGCCCAUGUUCAUCACGAUCCCUCUACUCGCGCCGGAGCGCCGGCGUUCUCCAGGACUAACAGUAGCCAUCACGUUCCUUCGCGCGAACACGUCCAGGCCGCGCAAUUGCGGCGCGCCCCUACUCCCCUCGCCUCCGCCCGCCAGACUAACAAUGGAAGACAGAAGGUAGACUUCAGGAUAUCCAGUCCCUCGGAAGGCGACGAAGACGAGUGGGUCUCUUCCGAGAGCGGCGCCGCUACACCCAACACCGCGAGCGCCGACUCCGAUGCAGAAGAGCCGACGACGCCGGUCACCUUGAAUAAACUGUCCCUUGCACAAGCCAAUUCGCAGCUCAAUGGAUUCCAUAGAGAAGACGUUGAGACACCCAAAGCAGAAGUCCCUCCUUUACCCCGCGUCGAUACCGCUCGUUUGCCCGAACCUCCGUCCCCCGCACCUGCUGCACGCGACUACGCACAAGAUCAACCUGCAACGCUUUCUGUCCCUCAACCACAACCGCACCAGCUCGAUCGUCAUGAUCAGCUCAUCCCUGAAGUAGAGCGGCAGCCCGAGCUGUCGGCUCCCACAUUAACCCGUGCUCGCUCUGAGACGUGUUCUCCCCAUCGCUUGUCGCCCCCACCCAAACGCCAAUCCAUGACAAGGCCGCCUUCUACGCACUCCGUGACCAGUCGGACCGAUUCAGCGGCAUUACGGCCUCACCCACUGAUACGAGGUCAUUCUUACGGUCAGACUGGCGGCUUCGCGGCAAUGCCCGCACCGUUAGCACCAUUGACGAUGGUUUCAUCAGACGCCGCACAGGCUCAGAUGUCGACCGCAUCGUCCCCCACUAGCAUGCGUGCUGGCUCUCCGUCUAGCAUCAAGACGGCGUCCGCGUCACCCAUACAGACAUCACCCUCGUCGACCUCGCAAGCGCAUAAGCAGCUAAGGAGAACAUCGACCUCAUCGGUACGAUCGACUGCCACGUUACCUGUCCAGCCAUCCCCCAGUCAGAUUCAGCUCAGCAAAUCGAGUCACGAUCGGCAGCGCACAUUGUCCGCCAUUUCUUCUUCCUCUUCUUUCGCUGCCCUUUCGAGCCUCGGCCUGCGCUCUACCCCCUCUCCGCCGCGUACUCCGAUCUCGUUCACAUCACAUUUCCCGCCCGCGGAGGCCGCUGCCAACCUUGAACAGAUCCAUCCGCUACUUCCUCCGCCAUAUCUGAACGCUCACUUAAGCGUAUUGACGUAUCGCAAUCCUAUUGCGGAAGCGUAUGAUAGGGUCAUCCGUGCUAAGCAAGCACGGUAACCCGUGUCUCUUGGAUUUCCUUGGGUAGAUAUCGGAUGAGAUUAAGCUUCAGCUUGCACAGCCCUAUAUAUGUAAUUCUAGGCCGAUAAGUUGCGGCACCAGGACCAUCACGUCUUCCAUGACACUUCUGUACUACAUAGACUACUUUUUUUCUGCAAACAGCUUUAUUACCUAA